AUGUGCUGCUGCCGUCAGGCAGGAGACUGCAGGGGCCUCAGGAACAACAGACUGAAGCUGUCCUUUGUCUCACCCUCAGUCAAACUGCUAAACUCCAACACCAAAUCUGCCGCCACCCUGAAGUUCAUCGUGGUGAUCUUAGCCGCCGGGAUGGUGGCGUUUAUCGGAGCGGUGAUCUGCAUCAUCGCUGCGGUGCACACGGGCUCCUCCAGAGCCGCGGCUCAGCAGCAGCUGUCCGCGGAGAACCAAUCUGUGUACCCGGACUCCGCGCACACUCCAGCGGGGGCUGGCUCUGCUGCUCGGGCCAGUUCUCUGGGAGCUCUCCAUGGUUCUGAAAGCCCCGGGCCCGAGGCGCCCACCUUUAACAUCGGCCUGAGCGGAGCGGGGGUCACAGGACUCACAGGACACGACCCCACAGUCAGCCGCCUGGUCUGCACCCCGAUCCCCGCAGGAGACUGUCCGCAGCGCCGCUUUGAGCCACAAGCCGAUGACCCAUCACUGUACGCGGGGGAAGACUGGGGCUACCUCAGCACCACUGCCGAGGAUCUGCAGCAGACAGUGCGCCAACAGAAGGACCAAAUAGCGAGCGACCAGCGCACCAUCCAAGAGCUCACGGGAAAACUGUCCGAGUGUGAGAAGGGGCUGCGCGGGCGCACCAAGCGCGGGGGUCCCGAGGGACUGUGGGGGGGCACACAGGAGCACAUGGUCCGGGACAGUCCGGUCUAUGGCCUGGACACUGGACACACACUCACCCUGAGAGCUGUGGACGAACUGGAGCAGGCCAUCGCUCAGCUCACAGACCGCAUCGAGAAACUGGAGUCCGACAUCGGCCCAUUUCCUCACAACAUGACGGAGGCUGUGACCAGUGUGGGACAAGCGGAGGAGAAGGAGCAGAGGGGUGCCACCCAGGAGCCGUCUGCCCCUGCCCCGGCUCUCACCACGGGGGGAGACGUGUCCUGGAGGAUGGAGGACCUGGAGGGGGAGCUGCAGAAGAAACUAGAGCUGCUGGACAAAGAGAGGAAGGCCCUGAGGCUGGAGACACACAAACACAAGCAGGAAAUAGACCAAGGCAUCAGCAACCUCCACCACCGCCUCUCAGGCCUGGAGGAAGGUGUCCCAGGCCGGGCGUUCCCAGAGGGCUUCCGGCUGUCCUUCCCCACGAGGACAAACUACAUGUACGCAGCCGUGAAGCAGCACAUCCCCAAGCUGCGUGCCUUCACCCUGUGCAUGUGGCUGCGGCCCGCGGACAGAGGCGUGGGGACCCCCCUGUCCUACGCUGUUCCGGAGCAGCCCAACGAGCUGGUGCUGCUGCAGGGGCCGCGGGCGCCCAUGGAGCUGCUCAUCAACGACAAGGUGGUGCAGCUCCCCCUGAACGUGACCAGAGGCAGCUGGCAGCACAUCUGCGUGAACUGGAACCAGAGAGGAGGGAGCUGGCAGGCCUUCCAGGGGGGCCGGCUCAGAGGCGAGGGCCACUCUCUGGCCCCGGGGCACCAUAUCCGUCCUGGGGGGGUGCUGCUGCUGGGGCAGGAGCAGGACACAGUUGGCGGUGGGUUUGACUCCACCCAGGCACUGGUGGGAGAGCUAUCCCAGGUUGGCAUGUGGGACCGGGUUCUGUCACCAAACCAAGUGUCCAGUCUGUCGCGCUGCAGCAGCAUAAGCCUGGGCGGAGUGGCAGUGUGGACUGAGAGCCAGAUACAAGUACACGGAGGAGCCACCAAGGACCCGGGCGAGCCUUGUAGUAAACACAGCAAACACUCCCAGUGA